ACGCAACUUGAACAUGCUGAGUGAACCGUCAUGAAUGUCCCUGCAUUAUUAAUAUUACGUAUUUAUAUUAGUACUAAUAAUUAGCAGACCCUAUGAAUUUGUUGUUGAUCACGACAGUGUACUUCAGGGGAAGCAGCAAUGUCUGCGCCAAGGACAGGGGGCCAAGGAUUGGUCGGUGAUCUUCGGAACAAGAGCAAAGAGGAGCUCUGUGAGCUACUCCUACGCCAGGAGAAAUUACUGAAUAACAAGAGGUUCAUCCACACCCUGCCUGAUAAGGGGAAAAAGAUCUCGGAGUUUGCUGAGCGCGUCCGUCAGGCCCUCGUCCACGUCGAGGAGACGGAGAGGAAGCAGAAUGACCUGUCCUCGUUGCGGACCGAGUUCCAGGCCCAGUACCAGGAGGCUCUGACCCGCCGGCAGCCUCAGCCCAGAACCUCAGCACCAAGCCUGGGCAGGACUGAGGGGGCCACUGGGGCAGAUGGACCACCGGAACCCAAACAAGCAGGACCCACACCUCAGGGUAUAGCCGAGAGCCAUGACAACAGAGACAGGGUUUCCCGGCAACAGAGCCCUAUGACCCCUCAAGCCAUGGAGACCGUCCCAGAUGGGGAAAGCAGCGCCCCCCGAGAUAAGGGGUCAAAAGAGAGUGACCUGGUGGAGGCGCUAGCCCGGAUCGCGCUGUCAGAGCCGUCUGGGACAGAAGCUUCCGGAAGGUCCAGUGGCGGCGGAGGCCACAGAAACCCGUUCCUGGGCAGGCCGGACCAGAAGAAAUCGCACUUUGAGGAGAUGAUGGAGAGGGCGGAGAGGUCUGGCUCUGCUGCCAGAACCAAGUUCAAGCCCAACCAGCUGCUCCCCAAUUCAGGGUCCCCCUCCCCCGCUGGGUCCCCAGGGGGUGAGUCGCGGCCGCCCCUCUCCGCUGAGGCCAGAAGGCAGCGGGACAUGAAGCACCUGGACGACAUCACGUCCGCCCGGCUCCCGCCACUGCACUACGCCCCUGCCCAGCUGCUGACACUGGACGAGGCGUCCGGCCUCAUGAGGGAGCAGACACAGAGGCAGAUGGAGCUGGAGGCCAAGAUGGCUGCCCAGAAGCUGUCGGAGAGCCUGAGCUGCAGCAUGGGGUCGUACCACCCGGAGGGCGGGUCGCUGGGGGCGUACCGGGAGGUACGGGACGACGGGGCCUCCGACGACGACCAGUAAUCCUCACACUCACUACAGAGAAAGAGAGAUAUGUAUGGGGCUACAUGGGAAGGAGGGGGGGGGCAUGAUAGAAGGAGGAAGAAGAGAGAGACAAAUGGAGGGUAGAGAGAUGAAGAAAAAGAAGAGGAGAGAGAAAGAAGAAGAGGAGAGAGAGAGAGAGAGAGAGAGAGAGAGAGAGAUGAACGGAUGGGAUAUGAGCUCUCUCUCCGUCACCUCUAGUACCCCAGUCUGGGCUCAGCUUAUGGGCCCCUUCACCAGUCGACCCACAGCUGGGGGGCCACUGUGUGUGUGUGUGAGCGAGAGGACCAGCUGGAUGGGGGGGGGGGGGGGGGGGGGCACACUGUUCAGAGAUGCCAGGGGCCCUUAGCAACGGCCGGGGGAAGGGGGCAGGGGCCUGGAGUCGAGGAGAGGAGGGGGCAGUAGAAGGGGGCAGCAGGGGUGAGAGAGUCCCAGGAGACGGGCCUAAGUGGCAUUGAGUUGUCAUUCCUGACAGCGUCAUGCUUUAAUAGGAGGAGAAGGCUGCUCUUGCCCCCACAGACCCCUACUGUGUGUGUGUGUGUGUGUGUUAUGUGACAGAGGGAGUGGGUGGCACCACCAGACAGUAGACAUGGUGGCAAAACUGAGGAAGGGAUGCUGGGAUAGUGUGUGUGUGUGUGUGUGUGUGUGUGUGAAAAUGAAAGAGAGGAAAAAGUGUGUGUGAGCGAGAGAGAGUACGAGUUCUGACCAGGCCCUACAGAUCUCCGUGUCCCUUGGUUACCUGGACUCACGGGAAGCCCCUUCGCCUGGCAGGAAGGAAGAAUAUGAGAAAGUUAUUUUUCUAUUACUGCUCUGUGACACGUUUUCAAAAAUAAAAUAAAUAUAUAUGUUUUCCUAA